AUGGACAAAUGCUCCGCAGGAAUUGCUCCAAUUCAGAAGGGAGACAAGUUCAGUAAAAUGCAAUGUCCGAAAAAUGAAUUGGAGCGCAAGGAGAUGGAAAAAAUUCCCUAUGCAUCAGUGGUUGGGAGUUUGAACUAUGUUCAAACAUGUACUCGACCAGAUAUCACCUUCGCGGUUGGUAUGUUGGGUCGAUAUCAAUGUAAUCCCGGUAUGGACCACUGGAAGGCUGCAAAGAAAGUCCUUAGGUACUUGCAAGGCACCAAAGAGCACAUGCUUACGUAUAGAAGAUCUGAUCAUCUAGAGGUCAUUGGAUAUUCAGAUUCAGACUAUGCCGGGUGCGUUGAUAGUAGAAAUUCAACGUUUGGUUAUUUGUUUCUUUUAGCAGAGGGAGCAGUAUCAUGGAAAAGUGGAAAGCAGUCUGUCAUUGCUACUUCCACUAUGGAAGCCGAAUUUGUGGCUUGCUUUGAGGCCACUGUUCACGGAUUGUGGUUGUGGAACUUCAUUUCAGGACUUAGAAUUGUCGACUCUAUAACUAGACCGCUGAAAAUUUAUUGUGAUAAUUCCACAGCUGUCUUCUUCUCAAAGAACGAUAAGUACUCGAAAGGGGCUAAACACAUGGAGUUAAAAUACUUAUCUGUUAAAGAAGAAGUGCAGAAACAAAGAGUGUACUUUGAGCAUAUUAGGACGGAUAUGAUGGUAGCGGAUCCGUUAACUAAAGGACUACCACCCAACAUGUUUAUUGGCCAUGUAGAGCGUAUAGGUAUUAUAGAUAAAGCCUUGCUAUUUUAG